UACAACAUGAAGCUUCUCACUGUGUUAGGUGCGCUUUGCGCUUUUCCGUUAGCUAAAGGAAAAACCAGCUGGGUUCCAGAUGAUCGUGGUGCAAAUGUCAGCCUGACGAACUUCCUUAAUACGUCUAAUACCACCUACAUAUAUACUUAUCUCGCAACGUCUGAAACUCGCCAUAAAUUGUGCAAGGUUGAUCAUGUUUGGAACGAGACAAAAGAGCAAGUCUACUUCACACGAAAGUACACUCCAGGGCAAGGAGGACCGGAAGAAGAGAAUCUAGUUGGAACAUUUUUUGAUGUUAGUAGAGGGCAAGACCCAAGCAUAAUGUUGUUGACAACAACAGGUGGCGCUGAGAGAGGUGCGGAAGAGUUGGUGUACCAAGAUGGCAACAACACUUGUGGAGUAUUUUUCACGGCCUUAAAACAAGCGUUCGCGGGGCAAUGGUACGACAGUUGUGAACUCCGUGUGAAAUCAUCCAGUUUUCCUACAGACCCCAGCUACGAAUGCAUUGAGAAGUUCUUCAAUAUCUGUCAACCUGAGCGCGUUGUGACGCAAACUGUAUGGCCCCAUUUAUGUGUCUUCAUGGUUUCCAAUUCGACUAUCCUCAAGGAAGCAGUUGAAAAUAAAUACCUUAAACCUUUUAACACAAGCACUCAGUAAAAUAAACGGUUUAUUGCAACACAUGCAGCCUA